ACGUACCCUUGCUAGCUAUCUGUCACAGUGACAUCCCGCUGUCAUGAAGUCAUGUCGAUAAGCUUUUUGUUUGUUGCGCAAUUUAACAUAAGCCAAAACCAAUAAAAAACACAAGGACUUCAACUGACUAAAAUCACAAAGUUAAAUCCACAAUGACCAACAUCCCCUUCAUGGAUAAACUACGAUCAUUUCUAGGCAUCGGCCAGGAGCCACCAAGAAACGAUUUUCGUAACCCGAUUUGGGGAGACGACGACGACGACGAUGGCGACGAGCUUUACUCGCGCACGUACCUAGACGAACACCGCGAAGGUGUCAACGUGUUCGCCGACCCGCGCGACAUGCACCACGACAUCGCUCGACAGAUGCACGACAUGUUUCAGGCGUUUGGCUCCAUCUUCGGAGACAUGAAGACGUUUAUACAAGACUUUGAAACCGGACAUACUGAAUCGUCCACGAACACGCCGGCUAUCCUGCCUCCUUCAGAGCCAGAUCAAUUUGACAGCAAGAAUAUCAGAGCCUAUUAUCUGAAACCAGGCUACCACAACAAUAGAAAUCACCAAGAUAAGGAAGAUAUUGAUUUGGAUGGUAAGAUCUCUUCACAAGACAUAGCAGGGUUAUUAAAACAGAAAGAUGAUGACAGUAAGUCCCCUGCAACUCACUUCAAUAGUGACCUUGUGCCGGGAAGGUCAUUCUGCCGAACCAUAAUUACAACUAGCAUUACUAAACCAGACGGUUCAAGGGAGACUAAAAGAAUUGUCAAGGAUGGCAAUGGAGUUGUUGAGGAAACAAUUACCACUACAGAACCUGACCCGAGGGGACUUACUUCAGCGAUGGAUUCAUUUUCUCCCAACUACAGCAAUGUCUUUUCAGAACUUGGCUCUGUCUUUAGAAAUUUUUACUAGUACUUGCUAAUGUCAUUAUAUAAUAAUAAAAUUCUGUAAGCAUUAGAUUAUAAGAGUUGAUUGGAAGAGCCACAAUAGGUAGUAAUGCAUAUGCAUAUUAAUUUACAUUUGCCUAAUUUAAUAAUGUCUGAUUUGGUACUAAUUAUAUGAAAAGUAAUGGUCAACCAUGUAGAUAAUCCAAUAGAAUCAAUUAUUUAUUAUUCCAAAAUGAAAUGAGUCUAAUCCAAAAUUUAAACAAAUGAUUAUCAAAGUAUUUGUAAUUUUUGGGAUUUAUUAUCUUAGUGGGGGAUUUAAAUAUAUUAUUGAAAGGCUAAAAAAACUUACUUCCUGUCAGUUAUUCACUUAAAUUUAAAGUUUAGUGUUAUUAAUUAAGACUUGUGUGACUAGGGUUAUAGUUUCAAUAAAUUAUGGGACAAACAAAA